AUGAGUCUGCCGGAGUAUGUUUGCAUUGCGGCCGCGUCGCAUUUAGCGCACGGCGACGUGGCGGGAAUGGCGGAAGUGUCGCGUGUCGCAUGUCACGUGUCACGCGCAACGUGUAACACGUCGUGCGUCACGCCGCGUCACGCUGAUCUCGCGGGCUACCGUCGGCUCGUUAUCAGAUGUUGGCGGAUUUGCGGAUCUUUAUCCGGCGUCAACGGUUUCGCGCAUUCUUAUCCGAUUGGCGAU